AUCUCUCCCAUAUCACUUCAUCAUGUCUCAUCUACCCCCUGAAAACAACAGAUACCCUCCGGGUCCUUCCUAUCGGCCCUAUCCGCGCCGUGAUGAUAGGGACGGCCGCAUGUACGACGACCGUUCACCCUCGCGCUCGCCUGGCGGUAUUACGCUCCUCCCCGCACGAUAGUAUAGGCGUGGAUGCUUGAAGAAAAGCCGUACAGUUUCUCUUUCCGACUCGGCAGUUGCUAACUGUGUUUUCGGAUCAAAAGAUCAUUCGCGCUCUCCCCCACGAGGGCCGGCCUCGGACAGAAGACUCGAUUACUCCAGGGACCGCCCGGAUUCCAGACCCCGUUACCGCAGUCGGGACCGCGAUGAGUAUCGGCGACGUUCGUCACGUUCGCCUCCACCCCGACGCGGGAGGCCGGCAUACAAAGACCGGGACCGAGAAGGUUAUCGCUCGCCUGGAUACCACAGCCGGAGCAGAAGUCACAGUCGGAGUCGGAGUCGAAGCCCGCGACGAGGCCGCUAUUACGGACAAGAAAGCAGAGAAGUGAUGAUGGAUGGCUUGCCGGUGGAUAUGGCGGAAGAAGACAUUACGAAUGAACUUAGAGACGGUUAUCAUAUUGAAGGUCUUGAGGAAGUUCGAGUGAUCCGCGACCGGCAGACUAAAAUAUCACGUCAACUGGGCUUUCUCCGGUUCCGAGACCUCAAUUUUUCGCGCGCAUUUGUCGAACGCAAUUUUCCGUCCAUCUAUCUUUACGGCCCAAGCGCUGGGCGGGACGACCGCGGUACCAAAGUUCGCAUUGCAUAUAGCCGGGAGAGGGAGGACCGUGCUCGCGCCCGAGCUGAGGGAGAUUGGACCUGCAAGAAUUGUGCGAUUGUCAACUACUCCACACGUUCAAAAUGUUUCCGGUGUCAGGCCCCACGGCCCGAACCUGGCCCAACAGGACCUCCUGGGAUAGCAGCUCCCAAGGUAGAAAACAACGGGGACAAUGAUGCGGCGCCCGAAAACCAGCCGUCUCAAUUCCUUUUGUUCCGAGGACUUGAAUCUACCGUGACAGAGGAGCUUCUCGCCAAAGGGGUUGCAAAAUUAUAUCGGCCUGCUCCUAGUAACUCUGACUCCACUUCUGCGAAUCAAAAGAAAGGGGGUAAAGUGGCAUCCACUACUGGCGAUUCCAACCUUGGGGCUCGAGAUGGGUCUAUCCGCCGUGUGCUACUGGUCAGAGAUCGCAAAAGCAAUGACAGUUGGCGUUACGGCUUUGCGGAGUUUGCGACUAUUCAGGAUGCGCAAGCUGCCGUCACACGGCUUAAUUCGUUUGAGAAGUUCACUAUCUCGUCAAGGCCUGUGCUUGUGAGCUACAUCCACGCUGGUGUAUUUGUACCUGUGAUCAAUCAUUCGGCGAGCACGGAUAGAUUCACGUUCAGCCCUCUGAAUAACCCGUCCUUAAAGCUGAUGUACUGGGAUGAAGAGGCCUAUGUCACAGAGCUCACAGUGUCUCCGGGUGACAGUGACAUCAACCAAGGCCUUCCGAAGAAUGACCAGGCAAGUCAGUUGGAAAAUCUAGGGAAAAGUCAGAAAGACGCAGACAAAAGCAAGAAGAGGAAAGCUGAUGCCUCGGCCGCCGCCGGUGGUAAGAAGCUUGCAAUGCCAUCGCACUUACAAUUUUGGAGCAACCGCCACGCUGAGCUACACGGCAUACCAAAGAAGAAUCCAGAGGACGUGGGAAGCGGCUCGGACCGAGCAGCAUCACCGAUGGAUUCUAGCGCUCCGCCAGCCCAGUCUUUUGCGGAUCUCACUCGAAACUGCUGCUAUCUGUGUAUGCGACAAUUUAAAAGCUCCGCAGAAGUCAACCGUCACGAGCGACUCAGUCAGUUGCAUCAAAGUAAUUUACAAAAUGACGAUCUGAAAACCAAGGCGAUGGGCAAACUCAUAAAACACGGCAUUACCCAAGCGACGCCUGAGUAUCGCGACCGCGCGAGAGAACGUCGGAAGGCUUUCGGCAACUCCAAGGCUGCUGUUAAGAAGAGUGCGCCUCCACCGGAGGAAGAAGAGGCACCAGUCGAGACCACGUCGAAGGGCGCCUCGCUUCUCAGUAAGAUGGGAUGGUCUGCUGGAACAGGACUCGGCGCUCAGGGUACUGGCAUGACCGCCCCUAUUGCCACUGAAGUCUAUGCUCAGGGUGUUGGUCUCGGAGCACAGGGAGGCAAGUUAGGCGAUGCAGUCGAAGAAGCAGGGCGAAAUACACGGGGUAGGUAUGACGAGUUUCUGGAGAAGACGAGGCAGACAGCGCGGGAGCGUUACGAGCAGAUGGAGCGAUAGGUGUAAUAUGAGUCCUUGUACUGUACAAUAAUCGCAAUGAAAUUCAUGACAAUCGAACAAUGCAAUC